AUGGUUUAUUUCAGAUUGUUUUGGAGCUUGAUAUAUACAGUGAAAGAGAGUGUGACGUUUCAUGGAAGGAAUGGUGAAUGGGAAUGGCUGGUUGAAUUUGACGGCAACGUGGUCUUGGAUUUGCACACACUGGGUUCUUUCCUGGACAAAUAUGUGUCGAAACCGCUGCUAUUGCUGGAUUGGAGCUAUCAUGAAGACUGUGGAGAUGACGGGUUUCAGUGCUUCAGCAGAGAGCUGAAUGAUAUGCUGCGCACGCGUCGCAAAUACAUCGAAGAUUCCAAGGAGAAUAUUGAAGCAUGGGAGCGCAAGCUGGCCAAGGAGCAUGAAGGGAUUUCUGGAACAAGGAAGUAUACACCUCCCUACUACUAUGAGACUCGUAUCAUUCUCCGAAACCUUGAACACGAGAGGUCCAGUGAGGUGACCCAGGCCUUCAGGAAGACCUAUGAAAAAUGUCAUGAGAUCCAAAGAGACCAGUUUCUAGUGCCAUAUUUCCUUUGGCAUGCCAACUUGAGCUUUGACACUGAAGCAUUACCAAUGAGAUACCUGGCUGAUUCAGUUGGUAUGUGCAUGGUGGGAACGCGGGUUGGACGCAACUAA